UAGAAAAAGAGUUUUUAGUAGCAGCUUGGUUUCCCUCCACUUUUCCUGCCCCAGAGCCUCUCUUCCUCCCUGUUCUCACCUAUCUGACUCAGUCUGUGCUACCUGUCCAGUUUAUUGCCAUCAGCGUUAUUGAAGACUUUGGCAACCAAUUAGAAGAUCAUUUUAGAGCUUGCGCACUGCAUGGAUUGAUUGGGAGCAAAAGUUCUGAAGGUUUGCAGAAGACAGUAAGAGAACCACCAGGAAGACUAUUGCAGUAUUAGGUCAAUUCCAGAAGUCUGGUACUGGGACUGCUACUCCAGCUUCCUUGUUGCUGCUGGUGGCUGGGCCUUAUCCACUUGACUACUUGACUGUUGAAUGUGUGGAAAAGAUCAUUCUAAGAACAACUGUCUACUUUGUGUUUGAGUACCUGCCACUAUUGUGAUACAGAGCAUUACAAAUGGAAACCUUUCAUGUCAGAAAGCCAUCAAUAGAAAAGAUAAAUACCCUUUAGCUGGAAUUUACUAUUGCCAGUAUGUAUCAUUCUGUGUCUGAAACCAGUCACCCUUUGCAAACAGAGGAACAAGAAAUAGGCAUUGAUCCCUUGCAGAGUUAUUUGCACAAGCCAGGUGAAGGAGGAUCAAAUGAAAAUGGAAGCACACACCACACCUCAGAUUCUGAUGGAACAUUUAUUUCUUACAGUAAAGAAUGGGAAGAACUAUUUGUAAACAACAAUUACUUGGCAACUAUACGGCUGAAGGGGAUUAAUGGGCAGCUGAGAAGCAGCAGGUUCCGUAGUGUUUGCUGGAAGUUAUUUCUGGAGGUUCUACCCCAAGACAGAAGUCAAUGGAUUAAAACCACCUCAGACUUAAGAACUUCAUACAGUAAGAUCAAAGAAAUUCAUAUUACAAACCCUCGGAAAGCAGGACAGCAAGAUCUGAUAAUCAACAACCCACUCUCUCAGGACGAGGGGAGUCUUUGGAAUAAAUUUUUCCAGGAUAAAGAGCUUCGAGCAAUGAUUGAACAAGAUGUGACAAGGACCUUUCCUGAAAUGCAGUAUUUCCAACAAGAGAAUGUGAGGAAAAUUCUUACAGAUGUUCUGUUCUGCUACGCCAGAGAAAAUGAGCAGUUGCUUUAUAAACAGGGCAUGCAUGAACUUUUAGCUCCCAUUGUCUUUAUCCUGCAUUGUGACCACCAAGCUUUUUCACAUGCCAGUGAAGCUGCACAACCAAGCGAGGAAAUGAAAGUUCUUUUGAAUCCUGAAUAUCUGGAACAUGAUGCCUAUGCAAUGUUCACACAUCUUAUGAAAACUGCAGAACAUUGGUUUUCAACUUUUGAACAUGACAGUCAGAAGGAGAAAGAUGUGAUGAUUACACCUAUGCCGUUUGCAAGGCCACAGGACUUAGGCCCAUCCAUUGCUAUUGUAGCAAAGGUAAACCAAAUUCAGGAUCAUCUGCUAAAGAAACAUGAUAUUGAGCUGUACAUGCAUCUGAACCGACUGGAAAUUGCUCCACAGAUUUAUGGACUGCGAUGGGUAAGGCUUCUGUUUGGACGUGAAUUCCCGCUCCAGGACCUUCUGGUUGUCUGGGAUGCUCUAUUUGCUGACAGUAUCACCCUGAAUUUAGUUGACUACAUUUUUGUAGCCAUGUUGUUAUAUAUUAGAGAUGCCUUGAUUUCAAGUAAUUAUCAGACCUGUUUGGGACUUCUGAUGCAUUAUCCACCUAUUGGAGAUGUUCACUCCCUUAUCCUAAGAGCACUUUUCCUCCGAGAUCCAAAGAGAAAUCCAAGACCAGUGACUCACCAGUUCCAACAAAAUUUAGAUUAUUACAAAGCACGUGGAGCAGACUUGAUGAACAAAACCCGCGCCAGUGCUAAGGCUGCCCCACUGAAUAUUAACAAAGUCUCCAACAGCUUACUGAAUUUUGGCCGAAAGCUCAUUGCUCCGGCUAUGGCUUCAGGCGGGACUGUGGGUGCUCCUGCCAGUGGGAGCAGCUUUCCUCCCCCUGCACUGCCCAUCAGAAGCGCCGUGGAAGCCCCCCAGCACCACCACCACCAGCAUCACCACCAGGCACAGCAGCAGAGAAUGAUGAAGUCCGAAAGCAUGCCAGUUCAGCUGGGCAAAGGCGAGGCAGGCGCGGGCGGCGAUGCGGGGCUGCCGGGCCCCACGCAGCAUCCCCCUGCCCUCCCAGGCCAAAGUUCAAAAAACAUCAGUUCAUCUCCAAGCAUAGAGAGCUUGCCUGGAGGACGUGAAUUUACAGGAUCUCCACCUUUGUCGGCAUCAAAAAAGGAUUCCUUUUUCAGUACAAUCUCCCGCUCCCGUUCUCAAAGCAAAACUAUGAGCAGAAAAGAAUCGGAGGAGGAAUUGGAGGCCCAGAUUUCAUUUCUACAAGGACAACUAAACGACUUGGAAGCCAUGUGCAAAUAUUGUGCAAAGAUGAUGAACACACAUCUUGGAAAUAUUCAGGAGGUCAUAUUACAAGAACACUUGGAAAAAGAAGAUGAAAUUCUGGUUUCCUUGGCUGGUUUGAAACAGAUCAAAGAUAUCCUGAAAGGUUCAUUGCGUUUCAACCAGAGCCAGCUGGAAGCUGAAGAAAAUGAGCAGAUCACUAUAGCUGAUGAUCAUUACUGUUCCAACAGUCAGAACAAGGGGACAGGUGAUGUCCUAAAGGGACCUGUGAUGACAAAGCAACAGUUCAUCCCAGGACGACAGACUACGACUGAUGUGAGCACAAGUGAGAACAAGAGUGCUGAUGACUAUAUUAUGGUUUCCAAAGAAGAGGAAGGAAGUAGAAGUGCUGUCCCGGAGCCAGCCCAGUCCCUUCAGGCACACAAGGAAUCAGCGAUGAAGCCAGAAGCUCCGUCUCGUUCCUCUUUGAUAUUCUCUGACCCACUAAUGGGCUCCAUUUCAGCCUCAUCCAGCAACCUGAGCUCCAGCCCUGACGAUGACAGUAGUAAUAACAGCAAAGAUUCUGACUUUGCUAUUGUCAGCCCACUGGACAUCUAAUGAAACAGGUUGGGAGAGUUUGUCAGGUUGAUUGUUACAACUCAGCUCAAAUUCCUAUGAUUCUACGGGCUGGAUAGUUCUCUGGAUUAGGACAGAAAAUAGAUAAAGGUAACCCAUUUCAGCUGCCAAAAGCCUAAAUUUAAAAAAAAAAAAACAAAAACAACAACAAACAAACAGAACAAAAAGACACACAUUU